CCGCGACAAAUUGCGGGUUGGCAAGGUGGCGGCGGCGGCGGUGCGGUUCCCCUGGAAUUGAAACGAUGCUGGUGACGUUUGUGGUGGACACAAGUGCGUCGAUGGGUCAGAGAUCUGCUUGCGGCAUGACGUUGCUGGACUUUGCCAAGUCUGUGGUCGAAACGAUGGCAAAAAAGCUCUUGUCCCGCACGGUGAACCGGAUGAACUACAUUCACUUUAUGCUUGUGACGUACAAUGGCGUGGUCGUCGGCAUGGAAAACUCAGCCAACCGAGAAAUGUUUUACCGCGAACUCAAGUAUUUGGAGCCGCGGGACCUGAGUGAUGUUGGCAGUGCAUUGAGCACCGCGUUCGACUUGAUCAAUCGCGAACGUGCCAAGAUCUUUUGCGACAACUACGGCCUCGGCCGCCUGCCAUACAACGCCCACAUGACCCACAUAGUGCUAGUGACGGACGCCGGUUCAAUUACAACGAUGGACGGUGUUCAGGCCGACCUGGUCGUGCCGCCGACAGCUCUAUCUGCGCUCGACCUCACUCGACAGCCUUUCCGGUGGGACCAGCGCCUCUUUACGAUCGCAGUUCAAUUGAGCGCUGACAUCACCUCAACCAAAGCGAACACGGCGGUGAAUCCGCCAUUCUUUUCAUCAUUAUGCGAAGAAACGGGAGGAAUGUUGCAUUUGUUCAACAACGGGCGCGUCACCAAGGCUUCGGUUGAGAAAGAGGUGGAUGUUGUGAUUGCCCGCAUGAAACCUGGCGUGCUCGUGCGGUUCCAGUGCGACGCAUCUCCAGCGUCGUCGACCGGCGGGCCGUCGGGCGCCAUCGACACGGACACGUUCGGCAUGACGAAGAACGUGCUGUCGACUGCUGCAAACGUCACUCGCGAGUUUGUGUGGCCGAUUCCCGAAGCCUUUUGGGUCGACCGGACCACCACGAGUCUGCCCCUUCGCGACGCACAUCCCAUCCUCACCUUCAAGCGAAGUGUGGAGUCCCAAACGGAUAGUGCGACCAACCAAAUGGUGCUCGAAACGCUCAAGUUCCCCGCCGAUUCCUAUCAAGUGGACAACGUGCUCAACCCGGCGCCGCCGCGAGGUGCCAGGUGGCUCGUGUACAUGGUCGGCAGUCGCAGCGAAGGCCGCAUUGGCGAGCCGUUUGGGUUUCUCCGCACGACAACGACCAACGGCGUGUCGGUGACGCGACUCAUCGUGCUGCCGUACAACUUUCCCGUGCUGUUUUCGCUCUUGGUGGACGCCGCGCGCCAGCACACGGCAAAUCCAAACCCAAGUCCCACCAAUCCAUGGCACUUUCAGAGCAAGACCAUGACGGCGAGUUGGCGCGAUGCUUUCUCGACCUACCUCUCGUCCGUCCCGUGCUACUACCACAUGCCAUUGCGCAAAGUGCUCAAGCGCUACAACCUGCAUGAAUUGGUGCCCGAUACUCCAGACAGUGGCCGAAGUUAUCAGGUGACGAAUCAUCUCACUCGACUCAAGGACAUCGCCAUGACCGCCGCAGAUUCCGAUCGCCAACCGCUGUCCUCCACACGGAGUAACUCGAGCCACUCGUCGCCGGCGUCGUCAGCCCCAAGCUCUCCGUAUCAUUUUAAGCGACCCGUCGUCGUCAAUCAAAACGUGAUGCAAAUGGCACCUGUGGAUCUCCUAGCGUACCACGCCAAGCACAAGCUUGCACUGGUGUCUCGCAAGCCCGUGGACCAUGCAUUUUCGGACGUGCCGCUGUGGACAGGUCCUUUGGCGCACUUGGCUCCCAGCAAGACGGCGCUCGCGAUGGAGCAUCCGUCCAAGUUUUUUCAAUCGGUGGAAGUCAUGAGCGACUACAUUCCGACGGCGCUCAAGACGGAGCGUCUGCGGAAUCCGUUUGGCGAGCCUGACAAGGACGAAGCGACGCCGGAAGGGACCCGUCGUCGCAAGCUCGAGUUUUCGUUGGACUUUCCGUACAAAAAGAGUAAUUCGUCUAGCAAGAGCAGCGGCAGUGGCGGUCUGGACGACUCGUACGGCGACGCUGCAGACGAAGCGGCCGCGCUCGGCUCGACCAACGUCAUGACGUCGUCCAACCGUCGCAAGCGGCAAAAGUACUUGAAGUACCGGAGGGGCCGAGGCGAGAGCCCGUCGUCCCCGAACACGUCAUCUCCUGAAUCGUCGUCGUCCCCCCAGCGACUUAUCCACGUUGCCCACGAAGUUGCCGUGACCGACUUGGACGCGGAAGGAUUGUUUCAGAAGGAACUGGCCGUCCUCUUGGGCGUGGAAAGCUCACAUGACGGUAGCGUGUGGAGCAAACAACUGUACCGAGUCAUCAUCGACAACAGUUCUCGAUGGACUGCGAUUGUCGCGCAGAUCAAGGCGCGGAACUUUCAGCCCACGGACGGGCCCAAGGUUCUCAAAGCGCUGGCAGACCUCCCCGUCGACGACCGUGUGCGGCGAGGGUACCUGCAGCUGGCGCUGUCUCUCGCGAGGGAGUACAAGCGAGGAAUGCUCAUCAAGAUGCUCCAUGCCAAGGACCUCUGACAAGUCCGUGUGCUGGUGUUUAGUCGUGCAUAGCAUGAACACGGCGAAUUUUAGUAGUAGCGACAACAUGCAUUCAGGCGCCAGCAAUGUAGCGAUGAGGCGAGCAUGCAGAGCUUCACAAAUCAUGUGGAGGCCAACAGGGGACGGUACGAGUGGUACAACAGACUACACACCACUUGGUUUGGCUGGCCAUGCUGUCGUCGUUCAUCCAGCUACUGUCAAGUCCAUCGUCCAUCUCGAGCACUUCAUGAGCCCGACCCGAGGAUGCCCCCUGUCGAUCCCGUCGUCGAGGGAAAGUAAUGUGCGUUCGCUGGCACAGCCGCGUCGGCCCAUGUGCGCAUGCUGCGGCCGACUGAGUCGGGCGACGAAGGCCGACGGCGUCGUGGCCUGUCC